AUGAAGAAAGUUAAAGAAAAAAUAUCAACUGGGUGUAGUGAUGAGAAGAAGAAAAGAAAAAAAAAAAAACAUGGCAAUGUUUAUUCAGUGUUAACAGAGAAUUCAUUUGAAACUUCUUUUUUUGUUGCUGCUGCUGCUAUUGUCAUUUCUCUUGAGCAAACACGAGAAGGAAGGCAAGCUUAAACUUUUUAAUAGCUUUCAAGCAUCUAACAGCAGAGCAACAAAAGGCCCCGUAAAAUGUUUAUAGAGUACUUUCGUUUGUCUUUCACAAAAAAAAAAACCCUAAAAACUAAGCAUGCCAACAAGCACCAAGUCGAAAGAAAUGAUUCUUAAAAAUUUAUGCUACGCCAUGCUAUUGAUUUAGUGGCUUUCAAAUCAAUAUAUGCAGACUCGGCUUUGCCAACAACUGCUGAGACAUC